AUAUGUGCUACGUGUCCAGGAAGUUCUGUAGUCAACAUGGCGGCGCAGCAGGGAGAUGUUGAUGAGCUGUUCGAUGUGAAAAAUGCGUAUUACAUCGGCAGCUAUCAGCAGUGCAUCAACGAGGCGCAGAAAGUGAAGGCUUUGUUUUUGUUCAGGGACGUAAUCGUUGCCGAUUUGGACAAAAAGAUGGCAAAGAGUGUGGAUGCUGCCAACACCACCUUCCUACUCAUGGCUGCCUCCAUCUAUCACCACGAGGUGAAUACUGAUGCUGCCCUCAGGACUCUGCACCAAGGAGAAAGCCUCGAGUGUAUGGCCAUGACCAUUCAGGUGCUUCUGAGCUUGGAUCGUGUUGACCUGGCGAGGAAAGAACUGAAGAAGAUGCAGGAGCAGGAUGAAGACGCCACCCUAACCCAGCUAGCAACAGCCUGGGUUAACAUCGCUGUGGGUGGAGAGAAGCUGCAGGAUGCUUACUACAUUUUCCAAGAGAUGUCUGACAAAUACUCUUCUACACUGUUGCUCCUCAAUGGCCAGGCGGCCUGCUACAUGGCUCAGAACAAGUGGGAGGAGGCUGAAGGAGUGCUGCAGGAGGCGCUUGAUAAGGACAGCAGCCACCCUGAGACACUGAUCAACCUCAUCGUGCUGACCCAGCACUUGGGCAAAGCUCCCGAGGUAACCAGUCGAUACCUCUCCCAGCUGAAAGAUGCACACAGAGCCCACCCGUUCCUCAAAGACUAUUUAGCUAAGGAGAACGAGUUUGACAGACUAGCCAUGCAGUACGCUCCCACAGCUACAGCGUAGAGCAUCUGCUCGUACUGAGGAGGCACUCUAACAAUGGAUGGACUUCACUUUAACACCACAGACCCAGCUUCUCCCUUUCAUUUAAACGUGUACUGUGCUUUGGUAUUUUUUGCUCUGAAACUUUGGCUGUAAUAUUUAAACCACACUAGAUGUCACAAUUCCCCGUGGGGAGACAGCCCAACGUGUCUUUCGUUUGCUAUCCACUCUUAAAAAUUGCAUUUGUUUUACAGCACAUCUGUGUAAUGCGAGCAUUCCUUUGAAAUGAUAAUAAACGUGUGACCCCGC